AUGAGUAGCAAUAAGCGAAGCUGUAAAAAUAGCAAAGUAACCAAUGCGAAUUCUAAAAUUCGAACAGAUACGAAAGAUGAAACUGUCAAUGGUAAUAACUCGCAAGGUUCUGGAAAGCGUCAAAAAAUUGAUGACAUUUCCUUUGUUGAAUAUGUAAAUGCGAUCAGAGCUGUUGAAUCUGUAAGAAAGGGCAUUUUCGAUUUACGAGAAGAGAAUUUGUCACUGUUUCCUAACCUUCCCCAUGCUAAACAGUUUUUCUCAAGGGAAAAAUUUGAUUCUCUUUCUACUUUAGCCAAUGAUGCCAUUCACGAAGAGAAAAAAAAAAUCAACAAAUCUGCUAAUUCUCUUCUGAAAGCAUUGUCAUUAUCAAAAAUCAGAAGUCUUCAGGUACUCGCAAAAGAAAAUGGGGCUCAGGGAAUAUCUGGGUUGUAUAUGUUAAUGAAACAAGUAGCAGAACUUAAUGAUAAUGAUGACCAAAAAGGAUUCCUUGAAAUCGUAAAUAAUAUAAAUGUUGAUGAUGAUAUAAUAUACAUUGAAAGAUGUUUAGUAGAUGCCGGUGAAAACCAUUCAGAAGCAGAUCACGAUGAUAAAAAGAUGUGUUCUGGUACAGAUCGCACGGGAAAACCUUGCGAUUUUAUAUUUUGGACACAACAUAUCCGGCUUUAUACUUUAUUGAUCGAAAAGAGUGAAAGUAACCCUUUACUACCUAAUUUACAAGAAAAGCUUGCAUUAAUAACUGUAAUAUUUUUUCAUGUUAUCAGAAUGCAUAUCCGUUUCUACAUUCUUCUUCAAAUUAAUAGAGACCUUUAUGGAAUUUGGGAUUGGUCAUCGGAGAAUUUACCAACUAAUGAUAUGGAAGUAGAUGAAGUAUUAAAAGCAAAAGAGUAUAAAGAUCAAAUUUUCAAGGAACCUUUUCUUUCAACGACAAUGAAAUUGGAUCAAUUUCGUACUCCUACAAAAUCAACAAAUAAUAGGUAG